GGAUACUGUCGGCGUGUUGUGUUCCGUCCACGUUCUGUCCACCAGAGGCGGUGAUCCCCCGGCCUGGGCGUGUCGGGCGGCGGCGGUGGUCCGCCCACACCUGCCACGCCCGCAUACACGCCCAAAUCUUCCGUCUUUUCCGAAAAUUCGCCGAGGAAAGAAGCAGAUGUUCCGGUCGAGUGGGCGUGGGCGGGGCGAGGGUGGCGGGCAGCGUGAUGCAGGGCGCGGGGCGGGGCGGGCGGCGGCCCCUCCCCCCGGCGAGGGCGGCCGCCUUACUCCCCGCCCGGCGGCUGCUGGGCCCGGCGCGUGCCGCCCGCCCGCCGCCCGCCGCCCUCGCCCCCUGCAGGUGGUGCCGCAUGACCCGGCCGCCAUCACUUACACGCGGCGCACCAUUACUCCGCCGCCGCCGCCGCCGCCGCCACCGCCACCGCCGCCGCCACACGCCGCCCUCGCCUGGCGACACAACAUUUUCCCAACAGUCGCUGUUUUUUGCCCCACGCAGGCCAGGCGCCACCCGCACCACCCUUUUUCUUUUUUUUCCCCGUGCGGCGGCGGAGAGGCGCCGCUGCGGCCGAAGAGUGACGGCUGGCGGCCCCUGAGGCGUGAGUGGCGGCGGGCGGCGUGGGCGCCACGUCUCCGUCAGCACCACACGUGUUCCCGUGACACCAACGCACCGGCCGUUGGUGGAGGCGUGCAGGUGGGCACGGGCGGUGGCGUGCACUUGUUGCGUGUCUGGGCGUGGGCGGCGGCACACUGCCGGAGGCACCGCCGGGGCGCCGCCGCACGCUGGGGCAGCCGCGUCCCGCCUCACGCGCCCGACAUAAAUCUCUCGCGGGCACUUUCCUCAGAACGCUUUGUGUGUGAAAGAGAUGGACAAGAGGAAGAAGAAAAAGAAUUGCAUUUUUUUUUCAUCAUCUUAUUUAUUUCCCUCUUUCUCUUCUUUCUCUCUUUUUCUCAUCCUUCUUUAUUUUUUACUGAUUUUUCUUUUUUUCUCUUGUUUUUCUUUUUUACAUAUUUUCUUUACUGUAAUCCUUCAUCUGUUUGUUUAUCUAUUUAUUUAUCUAUCCAUUUUUUCACUUUCUAACCUUUAUCCUUUAUCUAUCUUCCUUCAUUCUGUUUCAUUAUCUAUCUAGCUACUCAUUUGUCAAUCAAUCUAUCAGUCUCUACAUCUAUCUAUUUAUCUAUUUUGCUAUGUAUCUAUCAAUCUUCCAGUGUAUCUGCGUAGCUAUCUAUCAAUCCAACUAUCUAUCUAUCUAUCUAUCUAUCUAUCUAUAAGUGUAUCUAUUAAUAUAAACGCUAUUUUUUUCUAUCUUCAAAAGUUAGUCUCUCUCUCUCUCUCUCUCUCUCUCUCUCUCUCUCUCUCUCUCUCUCUCUCUCUCUCUCUCUCUCUCUCAUUCCUCCCUCUCCCUUCCUCCUCGUUCACUUUGCCUACGAAUUUUCCUCUUUAUCACGCCUCCCUCUCGUCCAAUUUCUUGAUAAUCAAUUGGAAUAGACGUCCAUCUCUCUCUCUCUCUCUCUCUCUCUCUCUCUCUCUCUCUCUCUCUCUCUCUCUCUCUCUCUCUCUCUCUCUCGACGAAUCACCGCCAAGGAAGUACGGCAUUUUUCUUCUUUUUCUUUCUUUUUUCUUUCUUUCAGGUGUUUUUUUCUUUAUUAUUGACAGCCCCAAAAAAGUAAAUAAAUAAAAUAAAGUUAAAUAAAUAAACAAACAAAAUAAAGAAACAGACUGUAAACAAAAAAAAA